AAACAAGUUUCUUUUUGUAUUAAGAUACAAUGUCGAGAAGUAAUUCUUAAAUAGUAUUUAAUAGUCGUUGGUGCAUUAGUGCUAAAUAACGAACUGAAUUAUUGUCAUCCUGCGAUACAAUUGUGUAAAGCCGGUUGCAUUGUAACAAUCCAGAACCAACUUCAACAUUAUGGCUGAAAUAAUACUUCGAACACCACCUCUUCAAGGAGAAUUAAUAAAUAUAAAUAUAUUUCCAAAAGGAAAUAUCGACGACAUCCGUCACCCAAAAGGAAUACUCGAAGAAUUAACUGCCGAAUAUAAUUUAGAAAAGCCUGUCUUCCAAUUAGAAAAUGUAGUAGGCCCUUCACAUAACAGACGCUAUGACAUAAAAUGUACUGUAAAAGAUUUAAAACAUGGUAACACUUUUUCUGCUAUCGCAAAAAAUGAACUAAGAAUCAAAUUAGCAGAACACACGGUUGCGCGAAAACUAUUAAAAUUACUCGAAAAAACAUAUUACUUUAGCGAAGAAAACGAAAAUACAAACACAACAAGCCUAACUUAUAUAAUGUGCCAAGAAAACCCCAAUACAUUAAAAAUCAAACUUUACAAGUGGGGUAAUUGUUGCGAAAAAUGUUAUAUGAGGGGCCAUACUAAAGAUAAUUGUUUUGGUAAAUUAAGAAACAAACGUCUCUUUUCAAAUAAACAACCUUCUGUUAACAAUGAUGAAUUUUGGAAUAUUUCUGUUCCGUUAAAUCUAAAACAAUUGUCUAUAACAAACAAUUAAUAACAAAUAAUUAUAAAAUAUUAUUGUUUUUCAUAAUAACAUAUUAUAAUAAUCUCACAAAAAAAAAAUAAUAUAUAUAUAUAAUAAAUAAACAAAUAAAUAAGAAGACGAAAGAAAAUGAAGAAAGGGGAUAUGGAGGACGUCUUCUUCUUUCCUCUUUUUAUAAACAAAAUAAAAAUAAAAAUUAUAAUAAAAAUUAUAUAUAUAAAACUACUUUCAGAUGGAUAUUCCUUUCCUCGGAAUUUUUUUUGAAGCUACAAACUACGUAUCAAUUGUUUUCAAAUUACUAUUAAUAAUACUAGCUGUAAUAGUAAUAAAGAACAUAUAUAUCUGUUAUAAAGUAAUAUCAUUAAGAAGACAACGAUCAACCCGAACGACAAAUAUUUAAAUCCGUUCCUGAUUACACAUUGAGGACAAUGCGUCUUAUUAAGGAAGGAGGACAUCUACCAUAGAAAGUAUAUACUUUAAUCUAAUUAUAAUACAAUUACAUCGGUAUACAUAACCGUCGUCGCUAAGUAGAAGCAGACUCGCUCCAGUAAGACACUAGCCGGCCGAUAAUAAGAACAACUAACGAAGAUACAUACCAAUCACUUCUGACAAUCGCUGUAAGAUGUCAACGCAAGUAGUAAAAAUUCAAUUACAACCUGUUUUAAAAAUAUAGAAUAUAAAAGAAUUUUUUAAAAAAAAAAAAAAAAAAAAAAAAAAACGACUAUAUUACUAUGAUUAAGUAAAAAUAAUUUGCAUCAAAACAUUUUUUAAUACUAGAAAUUAGACAAUUUUAAAUCAUCAGGUAAAAAUGGAA